AUGAAGUUGAAUCUUUCAAGAUCAACAGUCUUAAUUUGUAGUGUUUACACUUUUGUGAUAGGUGUCAUAAUGCUAGUCUUAUCAAUUCUCUCAUUAGUGGCAUACGAAUGUGUAUUUCAAGAAGGCUUUGCAAGCACACCUGACUCAUAUUUCUUCCAUUUAUUUUACUAUCGAUCGCAUCACUGCAAUAGCUUUAUAGACUGGUCUGUGUUUGGUCUGGAAAAUGCUGAACUUUUAAAUGAUUUCAUUAUAAUGCCAGAGCAGAAUGCAAUUGUGUCAAGGACGUACAAACUUACUAUUAUACAAAUUAUUAUCAAUAGCUUGUUGAUUGUGGUGUCGCUGAUCGCAGUUGCUGCAGUAAUCUUCAACAUCUUCUUCCUUACAAAGAGAAUAGCAUACAUUGUGCUAUUCGUACCUUAUUUACUCGUUCUUCACGUGUCGGUUGUGUUCGACUUUAUAGCUGGAACUCUCUAUGCGGACGAUCGUCUACGAAGCUAUUCCGUUGAUGGCACAAUGACAAUGUUAGAAAUUGAGAAUCGAAAUGAAGCAAGACCAUUUAUAGAACAAAUUGAUCAAACAUUCCGAAUUAUAGCACCAAAUACGAUGUUCUUUAUAUUUACAAAAGCAAUGAUCAUCAACAUUAUUAACGUUUUUGUCUUAUUCUUCAUGGUAUUUGCCGGCUGGGAAGUAAUUGAUGGAAAUAAAUUGAAAGUGAAUAAAAAGGAUGAUUCCAAAAACCCAGAAAAUAUUACAGCAGCAACACAGCUAACGCAGCAAAGGGAUUAA